AUGGGGAAAAGGCAGAGACUGAACUUUAAUUUGAAGGGAAAUCCUCUAGAUGCAAAAUCCUCUCUGCAGAUUCAUCUGAAAGAAUCCGGCAAACGUGGAAAGGGCAGGCUUGUUGGUUCCACUAUUGUCCGGCUUGGAAAUCUAGUUGUGGAGAAGAGCAAAAUUUUGUCCUUCAACCAAAUUCCUCUGGUGGAUAAAAACAAGCAAAAAACUAAGAACACAAUAAGCUUUGAUAUAUUCUAUGAUGCACCCACAACUAAUAAAAGAGAAAAGCAGGAUGGCAAAACUGAGCAGCCACCAUCUGUAACAAACAUCACUGGGGUACAGGAGCCUGCAGCAAGACCUCAAUCUUUGCCUCCAGAACAAGGUGCAGUCAAAGGGACCUCAAAGUUCACUAGGAACUCAAAUAAACCAGAAGAUUUCCAGGUUCGAAUCCGGAUUAUCGAAGGCAGGCAUCUCCAAGGUCUCAAUAUCAGACCUGUUGUGAAGGUGUACAUGGGAGACUCGACUUUUCGAACCAGAAUCAGACGUGGGAACAAUCCGGUCUUUGAUGAGAUUUUCUUUCAGAAUUUUCAUAAAACACCUUCUGAAGUCUUCAAUACUUCGAUACACAUUCAGGUGUUAAAUUCGCAUUCACUUCGAUCUGAUUCCAUGAUUGGUAUUUUCAAAUUGGACAUUGGCUCCAUCUAUGAUUUUCCAGGUCAUGCAGUGUUACGGAAGUGGCUUCUGCUCUACGAAGUUGAUGACGCACAUUCCAUGUCGAAGGGUUACCUGAAAGUCAGCAUCAUUGUCUUGGCAGCGGGCGAUGAAGCACCGGUAGACAAGAAAGGGACAAAUGAAGAGGAUGACGUGGAAAGUAAUCUGCUGCAGCCAGCUGGUAUCCUCUCCCGCUGGGUCACGUUCAUUGUCAAGAUCUACCGAGCUGAAGACCUUUCACACAUGUCAAGAGGGCUCAUGACAAACUUGAAGCACGUGUUUAGAGUGGAUACUGACAAGAAGGAUGGUGUUGACUCUUUUCUUGAAGUCAGCUUUGCUGGAAGUAAGGUGGCAACAAAAGUGGUGGAGAACCAGAUAAAUCCUGAAUGGAACCAGAUGAUUUACCUGAGGAGUAGGUUUCCGUCACUGUGUGAGAAUAUCCGGUUCACUGUUUAUGAUCGAAAGAGUGCAAUCAAAAGUAAGCAUUUAGGAACAACAUACUUGAACAUCUCAGAGAUCUCGUCAGUGGGACAAGGGGGAGAAGAUGAAGAUUCAGGCGGGUUUCUUCCAGCUUUUGGACCAUGCUUUUUGAACCUUUAUGGCAGCCCCAGGGAGGGUCUUGAUGGCACAGAUAAGGAUGAUGAAUUCAACCGUGGAAAGGUGGAAGGAGUCUCCUACCGAGGUCGAAUUUUGAUAGAAUUAAUAACAAGGUUAGAGGAACAUUCAGGAAACAACAUCGAUAAAUUGCCUUCUGACGAUUCUUUGAUUGUACAGAGGUACUUACAUAGGCGGAGGUACAGUCUUUGCGUCGUUUUCUACUCAGCCACACAACUGCAAGACACCAAGGAACCAAUCCAGUUCGAGGUCAGCAUAGGGAAUUAUGGAAAUAGAUUUGACAAGUCUUGUAAACUUCAUGCAUCCAACACUCAGUACAGCCAGCCUGUGUUUGAUGGUAACUACUACUAUUACCUCCUUUGGUGUGACACAAAACCUGUGGCUGCACUGACAUCGUACUGGGAAAAUAUUGACCACAGGCUCAAUAGAUUAAAUAGUUUGCUUAAAGUUGUAGAUAAACUGAAAGCCAGUUUGGAGGACAUCAAACAAACUGUGCCAUCUGAAGGAGCUCGACUCACAGGGAUGUGGAUGAAGAUGCUUGACCGUGUGGUGAAAGAUUGCAGUCAGCCACUCCCAGUGUUGACAAAGCUGCCCCAUGUGACUGUUCUCGAUCGCUACCUGUAUAAUCAGCAAAUUACCACUCUUAAGAAAAUUAGGAAAUUUGCGGAAAAACUAAGGGAUCGAAAGAUUGAUACCCAAGACAAGCUGCCUGAAGUCGAAGACUGGAUUGAGAGGCUCACGUCAGUAGCAAAGGAGCCUCAGAACAGCCUGCCUGACAUCAUAAUAUGGAUGAUGUGUGGAGAGAAACGAAUUGCUUAUGCUCGGAUCAAAGCACACUCAGUUCUAUUUUCCAGUGACAGCAGGAAAUAUUGUGGGAAGUUUUGUGGGAAAUGGCAGACCGUGUUUCUGAAGUACCCCCUGGACAAGACUCACGAAAUGCGGAUUGCAGCUCAGCUUCGCUUAUGGAUUUGGCUGGGGUUGUCUUCGGAUGAAGAGGAGUUUGAGAAGCUCGUUGAUGGAAAAUUUAUGGUUGCUGCAGAAAGAUAUGAAAAUCAAGCAAAAGUAAUGGGCCAUUGGGGCACCAGUGGAUUACUGCAACACCCAAUAUAUUCUGAUGCAAUGGGCAAAAUGAGGCUUUCAAAAAAAGAUUUCUACCCUCUGAAAGGUUGGGAGUGGGAUGGGAAGUGGACUGUUGAUCCGGAGCAAUGCUUGCUGUUUGAUCCUGAUGCUGGACAUACUGAAUUUGUAGAUGAUGUUUAUGAAAAUGAAAAUCAUUUGGCUGGAGGAGAUUGGGUUCCAGCGUUUGAACAUUACACUGAUGUAAAAGGGAACAGGCAUCUAUCAAUGGAAGACAUUGAAUGUCCCGAUGGAUGGGAAUGGAAGGAAGAGUGGAACCCAGAUCUUUCUAGGGCAGUAGAUGAAAGUGGAUGGGAGUAUGGGAGAGUUAUUCCACCAGAGAAGAUCCCAAAGAGCUGGAAUCCCACUGAGAAAGCCUACCACACACACAGACGUCGUCGAUGGGUACGAAGACGCAUCAGGAAUGGCAGCUCUGCUCACGUUAAGAAAGAAGAGUUUGAUUCUGAUGGCUGGGAAUAUGCCCCUUUAUUUGGUUGGAAGUUCCAUGUGAAACAGAAUAAGGGAGACACUUAUCGUCGCAGACGCUGGAGGAGGAAGAUGAUCCCCAAGGAGCAAGUGGGUCCAGCAUCUAUUUUCAGGUUGGAGGGAUCUUUGUGUCGUGAAAAUGUUGUGGAGGAAGAUGACUUUGCGAUUAAAGAGAAGCCAAAUGAGAAUCACAAUCUUUAUGGAUUGACUGCACCCUUCAUAUCAUGUCUCCUGGAGUCUCCUACAGUUUUCCAGUUACGUGGCUACAUCUAUCAAGCAAGAGGCUUGCUUCCCACCGAUAGGAGCAACUUAGCAGAUCCUUAUAUCCAGAUGUCAUUCCUGUACCAGAGUAAAAUGACUGAGGUUAUCAAAGGGACAGUAAAUCCAACGUGGGACCAAACACUGAUAAUUGAGGACAUUGAAAUCUACGACAGCGUCAAGGAAAUUGUUGAAAACCCACCCUGCGUCAUGCUGGAAAUGUUUGACAGCAAUCGUGUGGGCAGGCAUGAGUACAUGGGCGGUACCCUGUGCUAUCCAAGUGUGAGAUUAGAUGCUUCAUCACAAUAUGUUCCCUUGCUACGUUGGUAUCCGAUCUUCAAAGGAGAGAGGUUUAGCGGCGAGCUCCUAUUUUCCUGUGAGCUAUUUCUAAAACAAAAGAAGGAGGAUCAGGACUUGCCCCCUCAGCCUCCAAGGAAGGACUCUAAGACGUAUAUGGUGCCACUAGGAAUACGACCACAGCUACAAAUGACUAUGAUUGAGAUCCUUACGUGGGGAUUAAGAAACCUGAAAAACUACAACAUGUUGAGAGUGACAGCUCCAAGCCUAGUGGUGGAGUGCAGCGGAGAAAUGAUCCAGACUCUACCCAUUAAAAACUACAAGAAGAAUCCAAACUUUCCAACCUCAACCUUUUCUAUCACAGUGUUUCUACCUAUAGAUCCCAUCUACAGUCCUCCCAUCGUGAUAAAAGUAAUGGAUUAUCGAGCAUUUGGAUACAGGCCAGUGGUGGGACAGAGUACGGUGAAAUCCCUCAGCGAGUUCAUCUGUGACCCUUAUGCUGGGUCAAACAACAACGAAGAUGCAAUGAAUUCUACUGUGAGUUUUCAUAUUGAAUCACCUAACAUUGAGGGUUCAGAUGAAGAUGGAGAGAAGUUGAAUCAGGAAGCCCCAGAAGGUGUUUUGGAAGAUGAUUCUAUUGAUUGGUGGUGUAAAUUUUAUGCUUCAUCUGGGGAACAUAAUGAAUAUUCAGAUUACCUGUUACAAGGAUACGAUACUAUAAAGGUGUAUCCAUGUGCGCUGGAAGAUGUGCCUCAAUUCAAAGGACUUCAAGAUUUCUGUAGCACCUUUCAACUCUACCGGGGGAAAGUAUAUGGCAAUACAGAGGAUCCAUUGGUAGUGGGAGAGUUUAAGGGUUCAUUUCGAAUUUACCCUCUUCCAGAAGACCCUAUGGAGCCUCUGCCCCCUCCCCAGUUCCGUCAGUUGCCUUCUAGUGAACCCCAACACUGCUUGGUGAGAGUGUAUAUCAUUCGAGCUCUCAGCCUGCAACCUAAAGAUCGAAAUGGAAUGUGUGAUACCUACAUCAAGAUCUCACUUGGAAAGGUGUUAAUUGAUGAUCGAGAGCGCUAUGUUGCCAAUACUGUCAACCCUGUGUUUGGCAGAAUGUUUCAACUUUAUGCCACCAUUCCAUUGAAUAAAGAUCUCAAAGUUGAGGUCUGUGACUAUGAUAUGGUCACUCAUGAUGAUAAAAUUGGUGAGACAGUAAUUGACUUGGAAAACAGAUUCCUGUCACGUUUUGGAGCACACUGUGGCCUGCCCCGAACAUACUGCACAGGUGGCCCCACUCAGUGGCGAGAUCAGGUGAAGCCAACAGAACGACUGAUUAACCUAUGCAAAUUGAAGAACUAUGCACAACCUGUAAUUCACAAUGGAGGGCAGAAGAUUAGUAUUGGAGAUGAGAUAUUCCUGCUGAAGGAUUUUGAGGUGAAGAAGGUUCCUUAUGCAUUCCCAGGUCCCCCAGAAGAACGCCUUGCACUGCAUGUCCUGCGACUGCAGAAUCUAGUGCCUGAAUAUGUGGAGACAAGGACUUUGUUCAACAGCACACAACCAGGAAUUGAACAGGGGAAAAUACAGAUGUGGAUUGAUAUCUUUCCCAAAAACCUGGGGCCUCCUGGUCCACCCUUUAACAUCACCCCACGGUCCCCCACCAGAUACGUCCUUCGCUGUAUUGUCUGGAACACAAAUGAUGUUAUUCUGCAGGAAGCCAGUGUCAUGGGAGAGAAGAUGAGUGACAUCUAUGUUAAAGGCUGGAUGAUUGGAUUGGAGGAUAACACCCAGAAAACUGAUGUCCAUUACAGAUCUCUGGAUGGAGAGGGUAACUUUAACUGGAGAUUCAUUUUUCCUUUUGAAUAUAUAGAAGUGGAACGAGUCCUUGUCAUCAGCAAAAAGAAUUAUAUUUGGAACUUGGAUGAGGUGGAAGUGAAAAUGCCUCCUAAACUAAUCAUCCAGCUUUGGGACAAUGAUAAGUUCUCCUUUGAUGAUUAUUUAGGUUUCCUUGAGCUUAACCUGAAUGCUUUCCGAAGUCCAACAAAGUGGUCAGAUCACUGCACCUUAAGCAGGUUCUUUAAGAAAGAAGGGUCUUCAUCAGACAAUCUGCAAAAGUUGGUUUCACUGUUCAAGCAAAGACGUGUCAAGGGCUGGUGGCCAUGCAUUACAUACAAAGAAGGCAAACCAGUUUUAACGGGUAAGGUCGAGUUGACCCUGGAACUGGUGACGGAACUUGAGGCUGAGGAGCGGCCUGCUGGAAAAGGGAGAGAGGAGCCCAACAUGAACCCCAAACUGGAACCACCAAACCGGCCAGACACUUCGUUCUUGUGGUUCCGCUCUCCCUUGAAAGGAUUAAAGCAUAUUGUCUGGCGCAAGUACAAGUGGUGGGUUGUCUGUAUAUUGCUGCUGGUGGUGUCUGUUAUCUUCCUCCUGUCUAUCCUCAAUGCAAUACCUGUAAGUAUUCAGUGUUAACUGAAAUGCAGAGCAGUAGCAUGAACACUUGUCUAAAUAGACACCUCCCAAUGAAUAGUGAGGCCCACA